GAAGCACGUCACUCGGGACCGCUCGGCCGCAGUCGCGCAACAUCGGCUCGGCGCUCGCGCAUGCUACAGCAAUAUUUAUUUACAAACAACCAAACCGGCUUUGACGUUCGUCGUUUAUAAGCUUCGAACUGGAGAAACUUGAGUAGCAGACGGAUCGCCAUGUCAGUCAUAAUGGACUCGUCGGACCUGGAGCGGGAGUACUCUCCUAGCCAGUGGUCAACGCGCUUCGCCACUUCGCAGGAGGUGCUUCAGAACCACGUGCAAGUAGUAACGGCAGCUAGUGAAGAGGCAACAAACAACAUUCCCCACAAACUGGAGAUCGAAUACGGAUCAACAUUAAAUCAAAAACUCGAUAUAUUUGGUACAGACUUACCAAACGAUUCCCCAAUCCUCGUGUAUGUGCACGGAGGUUACUGGCAGGAGCUGAACCGGGAGAUCUCGCGCUACCCGGCGGGGCCGCUGCACCGAGCGCGCGUCAAGACCAUGGUGGUCGGGUACGACCUGUGCCCAGCUAGUACCCUGCCGGAGAUAGUGCAGCAGAUACAGAACGCUGCGAGAUUCGUGUUUGAGUACGCUGACAAGAUGGGAUCGAGGGGUGUAUACUUCGCCGGUCAUUCAGCCGGCGCUCAUUUAGUGGCAAAGCUGCUCGCAGACGCUGAUUUCCUGGAGAACACACCCGGCUCCAACCGCCUGCAGGGCGCCUUUCUUGUCUCCGGCAUCUAUGAUCUUCGAGAACUGGUCCUCACCUCCGUCAACGACGCAGUGCAACUUCCCACAGAGUGGGCUGUACCCCUCUCCCCGCAGUUUGACUGCUACACGCAUCUCCUACUUAGGAGAGUACGACUUUACAUCUUAGCCGGACAAAACGAUAGCCCCGUCUUCAAAAAACAGUCCAGAGAAUUCUAUGAGCUCUUGCUGAAUUCUUGCCUGACCUCCAACAUGUACCUGGAAAUUAAGGAUGAGGUUGACCACUUCGAUAUUGUAGAAUGUUUCGCUAAUGACGACAAUUAUCUUAAAAACCUACUGGUACAUGAUAUUAGAAAGUAUUUGUGAUGAGUUGACAAUAUCAUAAUGAGGAGGCACGCUGAAAGGUUAGGACGUAGCCACUGCAACCGUUGUAGGUAUCGAGUACAGUAUGUUUUGCCAAGCCGUUAAAAAUAUGGGACAUGACAGGGAAAAGGUCGGUUAUAAUGGCGACACCUAGCGUGAUAAUGUCAGUUUCUCUCCUCAAUUAUAUGGUGCCUAAUUUUUGUGUCUUACGAGUGGUAAGACAACUGUUGCAAUAACAGGUACCGUAGCCGAAUGGCAUUUCUGCGACGCGAAACGAAAACGAAACGCCGCAAAAGGUAGUCUGGCUCUGUCGCGCCAAUACGCAAGAGCGAGAGAGAUAGAUAUCUACAAGCGUUUCGUUUCGUGAGCGUUUCGUGAUAGUUUGUGCCAUUCGGCUACGUACCCAGGUUUGUUUCUGAGAUAAGUAGCAUUUAAGUCAGAUGCGAUCAAAAUUCGUAUUGUUUGAAUAAAAAGAAUUGUGUUCAAAUGGCAUUUCAGAGUUAUUUUAUAAUAAAUUUACCUACGGAUUCAUUUAAGGUGUUAAUUUAUUAGUUGCAGACAUGUGUACAGCUGAUAGUAUUCGGUUCGAAGUAUAUUUAAGUAUGAAUCAUUAGAUACGCCUUUCGUGAUAGUUUUUUGGAAGAAACUUUUUCCAGUUAAGUAAUUGUAUCACAAUAAAUUUUCAUGUAGGUAUGAUGUUAUUGAUGUACUAAAACAUCUGCACAACGUUUGUAAAAUUAAUAGCUUCAAAACUAAAAAAAAAACAAUCUGGAACUAAUAUACAGGCUGGCUCAUUCAAAUCGGUCAGUAUGGGAAAGUCUAAAACUAUAAGACAUACGAAGAUCUGUUCUUAGGAACCAUGUCAUCGAUUUUGGAGAAAAAAAGCUGAGCUGGGGAAUCGAACCCGGUUGUUUUGAAAAAAUAAAAUAAAAUUAUGUGAAAAUUAAAACAUUGCAUUUUAUUCAUUUUAUACAUCAUGUUUCAUAGAGACAUUUACUGCUUAAGACCUUCCUUCCUCAAAACCGUCCUCCGACUCCUGCCCUUUUCAAAACAACGAGGUUCGAUUCCCGAGCUGGGUACUACAGUUUUUUUUUCAAACAUAUUAAUGCAGUUUUAAUUUUUAUUAAAAUCGACGACAUGGUUCCCAAGAACAGAUCUUCGUAUGUCUUAUAGUUUCAGUCUUUCCCAUAUUAACAUAGGUUAUAGGUAUAAAUAAUAGUUGUAACAACUAAUGGGUUCGAAGAAGACUGUUUAUCAACAUUGAACACGUACGUUUAGAAAAUUAAGAUUUAUAAUAAUUAUAAUUUUUAUGUAAGGUACAGCGGGGCAAAUCUCGCCUGGAGGGCAAUUGUAACUGAUCCAUUUUUCCAUUAUUACACUAUGAUUUUGAGUUCUACAUGUAUCCACUGAACACGCCUACCAAGUAUCCGGUGGAUACUGUAUUAAAUAAAGCAAACAUUGUAAAAUAUAGAAAAAAUGGACCAGUUACAUUUGCCCCCCAGUCGAGAUUUGCUCCGCUAUACCUUAUGUAUUAAUAGUUGAUAAAUUUAUAAUUAAACUAUAGAUAACAUUAUUAUAUAGUACUAUUGAUAUUACAGAAAAUAGAAUACGUAUUGGUAGUACAAUAACUUACAUUUUAAAUGCUUUUCGGUGUUCAUUUAACUUGUGUAAAUUUUUAAUGUAUUUUGAUAUCCGUGUACGAGUGCCUUAAUUAUGUAUUAAUAGAUAACCUUGAGUCCAUUUAAAAUAUCAAUCGCGUAAGUGUAAGCUAUAAAAACGUUGAUAGGAAUUAAAUGAAUAUGUUAUGACAAUACA